GGCGGCCCUGGGGCGAGCGGGGGUGGGGCCCCCAGGACGGUGGCCGGGAGGGCGCAGAGUAGGCACGCUCCCCGGUCGGGACGGAGAUGGUGGCCGGCAUGGAGUACCUGGAACGUUGCUCCUGGUUCCUCCGGACUACGCUGGUGCGGGCGGCCGUGCGGCGCUAUCUGCCUUGGGCGCUGGUCGCCUUCAUGCUGGGCGGCUCUCUAGUCAAGGAGUACUCCCCGCUGCCCCCGAGCUACCUCAGCAGCAAGCGCAACAUCUUCAACGUGUAUUUUGUCAAAGUGGCCUGGGGUUGGACCUUCAUUCUCCUCCUGCCUUUCAUUGCCCUUACCAACUAUCAUCUGACGGGGAAAGCUGGUGUAGUCCUCAAGCGGCUGUGCAUACUUCUGGUGGGGACAGCGAUCUGGUAUGUCAGCACAAGUUUCUUGCACAUUGAACACUUCACAGGCAGCUGCUACAAAUCACCUGCCCUGGAAAGUGUCCGAAAGGAGUAUAACAGCAAGGAGGACUGCCGUAAAGGUGGCGGAUUCUGGCACGGCUUUGACAUCUCUGGCCAUUCCUUCCUUCUGACCUACUGUGCUCUGGUCAUUGUGGAGGAGAUGGCUGUUCUGCAAGUCAAGAUGGACAGGAGCCACAGCCUGCACUUCACUCUCACUUCCUUGGUCAUUGCCUUGGGCUGCUUGGCAUACAUCUGGAUUUGGAUGUUCCUUUGCACUGCUGUUUAUUUCCAUGACCUGUCCCAGAAAGUGUUUGGUACCCUGUUUGGGUUGGUGGGCUGGUAUGGAACAUAUGGGUUUUGGUACUUGAAACCCUUUUCUCCUGGACUUCCUCCUCAGAGCACCAGUCUGAAUUUGAAGCAAGAUAGUUACAAGAAAUAAAAGAAAAAUUAGGGAGGACAAGAAGGUUAAUCUAUCUCCUUUUUUAAAUUAGGUAUCUUUGUUCAAUUAUCAAUGCUAUCUCACUUGACCGUUUUAGUAAGGACAGGGGCUGGAGGGUGGAUGGAAUGAGUUCGUUCCUAUCCAAUUUUUGGCAAAUGCAUGAUAACUUGACGGUCUCACAGCAAGGGAAAAGAUGAAAAACAUCUUACAUCCCCCAAAAGAAGCUGUCUGGGAUCAUUUAAUGUAGGGGCAAUAGCUCUGACCACGAAUUGUACUGUUUAACCAGAUUGGCCUGGGCUUUGUCUGACCUUGACUUGGAACUUCUCCUUUGUUUUUUAGGUCUUUGGGGGACCAGGACUCAGAUACAUGCUGAAGGGCUGGUUAUGCCCGGAUGCAAGGUUAAGGGCCCCAGAACUGUCUUUAUCCUCUGUUGUCUCUUAGCUGCCAAUUGUCUUUUCAUUUGAGUGACUCUUAAUAUUAUUUAAACGUUUGCCUUGGAUACUCUUUGCAUGAGUCUUUCAGGCUAGGAUCUUGCCCGUGGGGGGAAAAAGCCUGGAAAAACAAUCUCCUUGUAAUAUUUACAUUUCUUCAGUUGAUUGUAAAUAUUGCAGCCAGAUUCUGAUUGACUGCCUUUUAAACUGGAGUGCCUUAAAGACAAAAGUGUUAGAUAACUUUUGUGCAUUCACUGAAAGUGAGUGUCUGUCCUUGUUCUACUGAAACUGUGAGAAUGCUUGUUUCUUUAAAUUCUGUAAAAUUGCUGGCAGUAACUAGGUGGUUGGUUAAAGCCUUAAAUGAUGUUCUUAAGGUUUACAACCCCUCAGUCAUGUCUUUUGUUAUAAAUUUAAAUUGUUUUGUU